CAAUGGAAAUGGACAUGAAAAAUGGUUCAUCACACCAUGGUAUGAUGAUGUAUUUUCAUACAGAAAUUGGUGGUGAUUAUAUCCUGUUUAAAUCAUGGAAACCACAAGACGGUAAAGAAAUGGCAUGGGCAUGUUUGGCCACCGUAUUAUUUACGAUUUUCUAUGAAUCAUUUAAAGUUUUACGUGCAAAAAUUCAACAACAAAUUUCAAAUUUUGAUUCCGGAAACAAAUACACAAACAUGUAUCAUAUAUUACAAUCCAUAUUGCAUGGCGUACAAUAUCUAUUGUCGUAUUGUUUAAUGUUGAUUGCAAUGACAUAUCAACUUUAUCUGAUUUUUGCCAUUGUUAUUGGUGCAAUAAUUGGUAAUUUUGUCUUUGCUCCAUUAUCAACAUUUGAAACAAAUUCUGGUAGUGCUGAUUUUGGUGAUCCAUGUUGUGGUUGAUGAUCAUGAUGAUAUUGAUAAACCAUUUCGACAAAUCAAUAUGACAUAUAUUCAUUCAUUUUUAUUUCGUUUGUUUUCAGUUGUUUAUUGUAUAUUUGACAUUUUAAAAAGUUAAAUUUUUUAAAUAAAAUUUUUUUUGAUUGAUCCA